AUGACAUCUGUGAGUACAUAAGCAGCAUUCAUUGGCAUACAACCUGUCAUAAUGCAAACAUUCCUAGAGCCUCCUCCAUGAAUUGGUCUGAUCCUCUUUUAAAACUACCCAACCAGGUCACCAAGUUAGCUAAUUCCAUUGAUUAGCUGUCGCUCCAUAAUACCAUAUUGGUCCGAAUAUAAGCCACACCUUUAAAAUUCAACAGGGGAAAAAAAGACAAUACCCGAAUAUAAGCCGCUCCCUUAAAAUUCCACAGGCACUCACAAACGUUCUGUUUUACCAUAUGUCUGUUUGAGCAGCAAUAUCGUAAAAAAGCAAAUUUUUGUAAGGUCAUCAAUUUAAGCCGCACUUUAACUUUUCAUGGUUGGAAUUUGGGGGAAAAACUGCGGCUUAUAUUCAGGCCAAUACAGAAUUUGGAAGAUAUUUAGCAAUAAGAAAGGAGCUCCUGGACAAGUAGCUAAAUGGAGCUAAACCCUUGUGAAUGAUAUGAACUCAUUUAAUUACACCAACAUUAGACAGGAUUAUAGCGAAACUGAAGGGUGGGAAUAUAUUUACCCUUCAAAAUUAGGGCCAUGAUACCUGAAGUAUCUUUCUAUAUGUACCUCUUCUAACCAGAUAUGUACACCUGAAAGCAGACCGGGAUCUACGAAAGAGGGUGAGGGACUGAUGAGAUAUGGUUCUGCUGCACAGCCCCAAGCUAUGUCCCCACAGCUAUUGUCAGCACUAACCAAAGUUUCCAGAAGGUCACCUUCAUGUAGAACCCAUUGCAGUAAUCCAAAUGGGAGGUCACUAGUGCUGAUCUUGACAGGAAGAUAAUGCCACAGGCCAGCAUGGGGAGAUGAUGGGGGUAAGGAGGAAAAGGACACAGAAUAAGAGCUCUCUCGUAACUUGCAGACCUCAUUUGACUCAGAGGGAAUUAUCUUACCCGCUCUCUCCAAUUUCAGUGUUUGGUGGAAGGAGAACUAUGCCUCUAUGCAGAAGGAGGACACCAGGAUGAGGUGGGUGCUAGAAGGUGGAGUGCAAGUCAGCAUGCAGAAGAGGCAUGGGGUUAAGGCAGAGGGAGGGCCCCCCAGACUCCCAGACUAUCCCUGUGCCUUUAACCUCUCAGCUGACUUCUCCAUCUCUUCCUUGAUUAGUCUGCUUCAUCUGAGGUUACAGCCUGUUUUCCUUUUUCUCCUCCUAUUUCUCUCUUGGAGCCUUCAAAGUAUCCCCUGAGACAACAAAUGACCAGGCAGGGCUGCCUUUUUCUUCUCAAGUCUAGUUCAUAAGUCUAGAACUUGAUACCUUUUCCUUCCAAGUAUUUCCUACAAUAACCAGCUUUACUGUUUUCUUAUGUACAAGCAUCUGUCGGUGUGUGAUUGCGACAGGUAAAGUCUGCUCUCUUAAAGUCUAUUCACAAGAUCUAUGCUGUUUACUGACCCAAGAGCUUCAGAAGGUAAAGGGGGUCAAUAAGAGCAAGCUUUAUUUCAACAAAUUAUUGGCCCAUUUAUCCCAAUAGCGUGGGAGAAAGGAGAUCUACCUUAUAACUAGAGUGAAUGAUUUCAGCAAGAAACCAAAUACUUUUUCAUUCCCUUCCCAACAAAAAAGGACGACUUUAAAGGUUCUAAGCUGAAAAGCCCCCUGUGACAGACAUCAGAGCCAGACCCCAAUCUGGUGAUGCAGUUACUUAGAAUUCCACCAGAAUUUUCACCAGGGAAAUGUUAGAGGGUAUAAAAAAGGUAAAGGGACCCCUGACCAUUAGGUCCAGUCGUGACCGACUCUCGGGUUGCGGCGCUCAUCUCGCUUUAUUGGCCGAGGGAGCCGGCGUACAGCUUCCGGGUCAUGUGGCCAGCAUGACUAAGCCGCUUCUGGUGAACCAGAGCAGCGCACAGAAAUGCCGUUUACCUUCCUGCCGGAGCGGUACCUAUUUAUCUACUUGCACUUUGACGUGCUUUCGAACUGCUAGGUUGGCAGGAGCAGGGACUGAGCAACGGGAGCACACCCCGUUGUGGGGAUUCGAACCGCUGACCUUCUGAUCGGCAAGUCCUAGGCACUGUAGUUUAACCCACAGCGCCACCCGCGUCCCGUUAGAGGGUAUAGAGUUAUGCAAACCCCAAGCCAAGGAGUAACUACCAGUAUAUAGCCUUUAAAAGACAUCUGAAGCCAGCAAUGUCUUGGGAAGUUUUGUAAUGUUUUAUGUUUUGUUAUGUUUUUAUAUAUGUUGGAAGCCACCUAGAGUGGCUGAGGAUGUUGGCUUUUUGCAGUAUGGUAGCACUGCAGAGAGCUUGCUGGGGAGACCAUGCAUUAAAAAGGGACUCAAAAAUAACUUAAACAAGGUUUUAAUUACAAAAACAAAAACUCCUUAUACACUAAAUACAUUAACAAACAAACAUGACCCAACCACCAACCCAUCCCCCAGGGUAAUGGGAGAGCUAGGUGCUGCUCCUUAUAUACUACACCCAAUUGCUGACAGAGCUUAAUCAAUACAACUCAGCAGCACCUGCUAUGUUUCACAGCUGUAAAGCUGGGUCUCGUUAUUUAGCUCUGGCCCUUUCUCUGGCCCCUUAAAGACAUACACAUCGGGUGGAACAAUGAUGAACCUUUACAUUUAAAGAAACCAUUCAACAGAGGAAUCCCAGUCAGAUGGCUGGUGUAUAAAUAAUAAAAUCAUCAUCAUCAUUAUCAUUAUUGAAUUGGACACCCCAAUUUUCUUCAGAGAAAUGUUUGAAGAUAUACACCAUUUGAAUGGCAAUGCCUGUCAACUUUGGGGGAGGGAGGCCCCUCAAAUAUUUUUCCGGUGGGGGAAACACCCCUUAGCCCCUAGGCGUUGGCUCCUUUGUUUUCUGGCUAGAAUGUGUCCUUGAACUUCAAUAAAUGCCUCUUGUUUGCUAGGAAAGAGAAGGGCUUGUAUCAAAACUCCAUCACUAUUUAGAAGACAAAAUGUUGUUGUGUUGUUGUUUAGUCGUUUAGUCGUGUCUGACUCUUCAUGACCCCAUGGAUCAGAGCACACCAGACACUUCUGUCUUCCACUGCCUCCCGCAGUUUGGUCAAACUCAUGUUGGUAGCUUCGAAGACACUAUCCAACCAUCUCGUCCUCUGUCGUCCCCUUCUCCUUGUGCCCUCCAUCUUUCCCAGCAUCAGGGUCUUUUCCAGGGAGUCUUCUCUUCUCAUGAGGUGGCCAAAGUAUUGGAGCCUCAGCUUCACGAUCUGUCCUUCCAGUGAGCACUCAGGGCUGAUUUCCUUAAGAAUGGAUAGGUUUGAUCUUCUUGCAGUCCAUGGGACUCUCAAGAGUCUCCUCCAGCACCAUAAUUCAAAAGCAUCAAUUCUUCGGCGAUCAGCCUUCUUUAUGGUCCAUCUUUCACCUCCAUACAUCACUACUGGGAAAACCAUAGCUUUUACUAUACGGACCUUUGCUGGCAAGGUGAUGUCUCUACUUUUUAAGAUGCUGUCUAGGUUUUUCAUUGCUUUUCUCCCAAGAAGCAGGCGUCUCUUAAUUUCGUGGCUGCUGUCGCCAUCUGCAGUGAUCAUGGAGCCCAAGAAAGUAAAAUCUCUCACUGCCUCCAUUUCUUCCCCUUCUAUUUGCCAGGAGGUGAUGGGACCAGUGGCCAUGAUCUUCGUUUUUUUGAUGUUGAGCUUCAGAACAUAUUCUGCGCUUUCCUCUUUCACCCUCAAUAAAAGGUUCUUUAAUUCCUCCUCACUUUCUGCCAUGAAGGUUGUAUCAUCUGCAUAUCUUAAUUCCGGCUAGGGAUUCAUCCAGCCUAGCCUUUCGCAUGAUGAAUUCUGCAUAUAAGUUAAAUAAGCAGGGAGACCAUAUACAGCCUUGUCGUACUCCUUUCCCAAUUUUAAACCAAUCAGUUGUUCCAUAUCCAGUUCUAACUGUAGCUUCUUGUCCCACAUAGAGAUUUCUCAGGAGACAGAUGAGGUGAUCAGGCACUCCCAUUUAUUUAAGAACUUGCCAUAGUUUGCUGUGGUCGACACAGUCAAAGGCUUUUGCAUAGUCAAUGAAGCAGAAGUAGAUGUCUUUCUGGAACUCUCUAGCUUUCUCCAUAAUCCAGCGCAUGUUUGCAAUUUGGUCUCUGGUUCCUCUGCCUCUUCUAAAUCCAGCUUGCACUUCUGGGAGUUCUCGGUCCACAUACUGCUUGAGCCUUCCUUGUAGAAUUUUAAGCAUAACCUUACUAGCGUGUGAAAUGAGUGCAAUUGUGCAGUAGUUGGAGCAUUCUUUGGCACUGCCCUUCUUUGGGAUUGGGAUGUAGACUGAUCUUCUCCAAUCCUCUGGUCACUGCUGAGUUUUCCAAACUUGCUGGCAUAUUGAGUGUAGCACCUUAACAGCAUCAUCUUUUAAAAUUUUAAAUAGUUCAGCUGGAAUACCAUCACUUCCACUGGCCUUGUUAUUUGAAGUGCUUUCUAAGGCCCAUUUGACUUCACUCUCCAGGAUGUCUGGCUCAAGGUCAGCAACCACACUACCUGGGGUGUACGAGCCAUCCAUAUCUUUCUGGUAUAAUUCCUCUGUGUAUUCUUGCCACCUCAAAAAUAAAAGUGCCCAUUUCUGAAGCAGGUGGCUUUCAGAAAAAUCAAGAACGUCCUGCUGAUUUCUACUUCUGGUGGCUGCUGGGAGGGACCCUCCCUGCCCCUGGCAGAAGAGGGAGAUUUCUUUGGAAAUGUCUUACAGUGUGAGAACACCUGAUCCUUCCUAUUCAAUGAUGUCCCUCUCCUCAUCAAGAAAAAGAGUGAGGAGAGUUACACAGUCCUCAACUGUGCCGUGCUUGACCAGCUGUCCACAGAGAAAACUGUAAAGCUGGAUGCUGCCUCUUUUUAUAAAGAAAUGAAAUAAAGAAAUGAAAAGUGGAGUUGCAUGUGCAGCAAUCAAAUCUGUGCAAGAGCAGGAUUAGCUCCCAUUGUGUGCAUGGACAGUGCCAACCUCUUUACUCACCACACUGUCCUGACAGGGGCAGUGAUACUGAUGUUGGCAGGAUGUUAACGCUGACAUUGAUGUGCCGUCCCUGAUAAUGUGUGCUCUCUUAAUUAUGAGGGAUGAAAGACGCCACAGUAUUUUGUGUGGGAGGGCAAGCACCACAAAAAUGAAGACGUGUUGGAAAUCACAUGCACCUCUUCCCUUUGGAGGAGGGGUUGGGAAAAUUCACAUACCUCCACAUACACUCCACCCUGUGUGAAAAACAACAACAGCAACCAGGAAAGCCUGCAAUCUCUGAACAGAUUACGAAAUUACUUUUUUUUCUUCUCAAUUGAAAGCAAUGUGGGUUGGCCGAGGAUGUUCUCUUGCAUAUGCUGUAGACUGUUCUUCUACAAAAGCCACUUGGCAUCAGUCAAAGGGGAGGUCCCUACCUCUGUGCUUCUGAGCUGAAGGAAAAUGGCAUUUGGUGGAACUCUGUGGAUGCUGCUAUUAUAUAUGAUCAUUUUCAUUCACUUCUUGCUGUUUGCACGGGGAGUUUAUUAUCAUUUUACAAAGACCCACAUUCCUCCAGGAAUCACCCACGGCAGAAAAUUAUAUAUAUUUUCUUUUGCAUUGGGAUAUUUCCUUGAACUGGUAAGUUUGUUUUACAUAUAUCACAAUCAAGGGGUUGGGGUGAUACUCCCCCCCCCCCAUUAAAAAAGGCUGCAGUGUUUGGGAUUUUUUAGUUUAGAGAAAAGGCAAGCUGCAGGUGACAUGAUAGCAGUCUAUAAAAUUUGUGCAUGUCAUGGAGAAAGUGGAUAGAGAAAAAUGUUUCUCCCUGUCUCAUGACACUAGAACUAAAUGUUGGAAGAUUCAGGAAAGCUAUAAGAGGGGACUUGUUCGCACUGGACAUUUUCAAACUAUGGAAGUCUCUUUCACAGGGGCAGUGAUGGCUGCCAAGUUGGAUAACUAUCCCAAUUCACAAAGGAGAGGGCUAUAGAUGGCUGCUAGCCAGCAUGGCUAUGCUCUGCCUCUACAGCUCAAGGCAGCAAUGCUUCUGUACACCAUAGGGGAAGGGGACAGGGCUCCUGUGCUCAGAUCCUGCUGGAAGGUUUCCCACAGGCACUGUGAGAAUAAUCUGCUGGACUAGAUGGGCCAUUGGCCGGGACCAACAGGCUCUUUUUACAUUCUUAUUGGGGGGGGGGGCGCUUAAUGCCAGCCCAAACUCCAAGAGGUGAGUGGUGAAUGAAAGGAUAUACAGUGGUACCUUGGUUUGCAUACAUAUUGGUUUGCAUACAUUUUGGAUUACAAACAAGUCAAACCUGGAAGUGCGUGUCCCGGUUUGCAACCUUUUUUUGGAUUACAACCCAUUUUUUUGGAUUAUGAAAAAAAAAUUUGGGGAGGCCCCUGUGGCGAAAGCGCGCCUUGGGUUACAACCCAAGGGACCGAUUCAGAUGGUCCGAUUCGGAUGGACCGAUUCGGAUGGUCCGCCCCCGCCACUUAAUGGAUCCAACUGGCUUCCAGAGAGUGGUAGGGGAUGUUUUAUCCCAAGUUGAUGGCCUUUCAGCUGAUUCCCUGGUGGCCCGCUGGAAUGCGGAGUUAACCAGGGCAAUUGACUGUCUGGCUCCGAAGCGCCCUCUCCGAUUGCAUGGAGCCCGGACAGCCCCGUGGUUUUCCCCGGAGCUGAGGGUGAUGAAACAAUCGUUGAGACAGCUAUAGCGCCGGUGGCGGAAAACUCAUUCUGAAUCAGACCGGACACGGGCGAGAGCUCAACGUCGAGCCUACCAAGUGGCAAUGGCGACGGCGAAGAGGGCCUUCUUCACCGCCUCCAUUGCAUCUGCAGAAAACAGCAGCAGGAGACUUUUUCAGGUGGUUCGCAAUCUAUCAGAACCACCUGUACCACCGGGGCCUGGUAGGGACCCCAAGAUCUCCUGCAAUGCUUUUGCAAAGUUUUUUGCAGAUAAAGUCGCUCAGAUUCAGAGGGAGGUAGACUCCACCAUGGGAGCAGGGCCAGGGCGGGAGAGUGCUAGAGUUCUGUCUAGUCCUGUUACAUGGGAUCAAUUCCAAUCUGUUACCUCCGAGGAUGUGGACAGGCUGCUUGGACAAGUGAAACCGACCACCUGUCUCCUUGAUCCUUGCCCAUCCUGGCUGAUAAAAGCGAGCCGGGAAGGGCUGGGCUAUGGGCUCUGCGGGGUAGUGAAUGCUUCCCUCUGUGAGGGAGCCUUCCCAGACCCGCUGAAAGAGGCAGUCAUUAAACCGCUUCUUAAAAAAACAUCUUUAAACCCAGCCAAUUUGGCCAAUUAUCGCCCAGUCUCAAAUUUACCAUUCUUGGGCAAGGUGAUUGAGCGGGUGGUUGCCAAACAACUCCAAGCACGCCUGCAGGAUGCGGACCAUUUGGAUCCCUUCCAAUCGGGAUUCAGGCCUCACCAUGGGACUGAAACUGCCUUGGUCGCACUGGUUGAUGAUCUCCGGCGGGCUAGGGACAAAGGUGAGAGCUGUUUCCUAGUUCUGCUGGAUCUCUCAGCGGCCUUUGACACCAUCGACCAUAACAUCCUUCUGGACCGUCUAGAUGGGCUGGGAGCUGGGGGCACUGUUAUACGGUGGUUCCGCUCCUUUCUCCUGGGCCGUGUCCAGAAAGUGGUGGUGGGGGAUGAGUGUUCAGACCCCUGGACUCUCACUUGUGGGGUGCCUCAGGGUUCCGUCCUCUCCCCCAUGUUCAUCAGUAUGCAGAUGACACCCAGCUCUACCUCUCCUUUAAAUCAGAACCAGUGAAGGCGGUGAAGGUCCUGUGUGAGUGCCUGGAAGCGGUUGGAGGAUGGAUGGCGGCUAACAGAUUGAGGCUGAAUCCUGACAAGACAGAAGUGCUGUUUUGGGGGGACAGGGGGCCGUCAGGUGUGGGGGAUUCCCUGGUCCUGAAUGGGGUAACUGUGCCCCUGAAGGACCAGGUGCGCAGCCUGGGAGUCAUUUUGGACUCACAGCUGUCCAUGGAGGCACAGGUUAAUUCUGUGUCCAGGGCAGCUGUCUACCAGCUCUACCUGGUACACAGGCUAAGACCCCACCUGCCCGCGGACUGUCUUGCCAGAGUGGUGCAUGCUCUAGUUAUCUCCCACUUGGACUACUGCAACGCGCUCUACGUGGGGCUACCUUUGAAGGUGACCCGGAAACUGCAAUUAAUCCAGAAUGCGGCAGCUAGACUGGUGACUGGGAGUGGCCGCCGGGACCACAUAACACCGGUUCUGAGAGAUCUGCAUUGGCUCCCAGUAUGUUUCCGAGCACAAUUCAAAGUGAUGGUGCUGACCUUUAAAGCCCUAAACGGCCUCGGUCCUGUAUACCUGAAGGAGCAUCUCCACCCCCAUCGUUCAGCCCGGACACUGAGAUCCAGCGCCGAGGGCCUUCUGGCGGUUCCCUCACUGCGAGAGGCCAAGUUACAGGGAACCAGGCAGAGGGCCUUCUCGGUAGUGGCGCCUGCCCUGUGGAAUGCCCUCCCAGCAGAUGUCAAAGCAAUAAACAGCUAUUUUGCUUUUAAAAGACAACUGAAGGCUUUAGGGAAGUUUUUAAUGUCUGAUGCUGUACUGUUUUUAAUAUUCAGUUGGAAGCCGCCCAGAGUGGCUGGGGAAACCAGCCAGAUCGGUGGGGUAUAAAUAAUAAAUUAUUAUUAUUAUUAUUAUUAUUAUUAUUAUUAUUAUUAUUAUAUUAACCUGUUUUGGUUUACAAAUGGAUCUCCGGAAUGGAUUAUGGUUGUAAAGCAAGGUACCACUGUACAAUGUAGUUGCCCCACAUAUGAGAGGUUCAUUCCACAGGCAGUGCAUAUAUGCAAAAUAUGAUUUUUAUAUGCAAAGCUAUCUGAGGCUGAUCAUAAAUGCUGAAUGUUUUGUUUUAAACAGGGAGUGUUUCUGGAAAAACUGGGCAUUUGCCAUAGAUAUGUCAUCUGCAGGGCUGCGUACGAUGCCAUACCAACAAGGAAGGAUUUAAACUUGAUCAGAAAGGACCUGGUUUUUGAUGGGGUGCCUGUGAGGGUGUACUGGCCCAAGACACCAGCUGCUGGGAACAGGAGAGGAAUCAUCUAUCUUCAUGGAGGCACUGGACUCAUCGGAAGCAUCCGUAAGUUCUUUGAAAGAGUCUCAAAAUGGUUCACUGUAUUGUUUGAGGAGAAUUUGGGCUGGCACAUUAGUAUAAAAGUCCAGAAAUGUUUGCUAUGGAGGGCUUCGGGUGGUUUGUACUGCCCCUGUAGGCAGUUUAAGUUUAAUGCAAGAUGGGACCAUGAGGCAAGAAAACGGGGCUGAGGCCCCCUGUUACAAAGGCGUGCAGUUCUGUAGUAAUUCUGUGAACGGCCCUGAGACCUCCGGGUAUAGGGCGGUAGAUAAAUUCAAUAAAUAAGUAGAAAUACAUAAAUUAAAAUUCCUAGUGUCACAGUCAAUGAAAAAUCCUAAAAAUGUCAAAGAAGGUGUUUCUGCUUCAUGUACCAAGGGACUUUUAUGAAAGGGCUUUAAGAGGAGAUCAGAAAUAACUGGAAAGAAGCCAAGAAAUGUAGGUGGAAGUUUGGUUUUGGUUUUUACCCACUGACACUGCUUGAUCUCUGCUACAGAUCAGGAGAGGGUAAAACCACAGAAUGCCCCAUUUACAAAGAGUUCAAUGCAACUGAGUUUUUCCCAGGGAACUUCAUUAAAAGUUGUUGUUUUCUACAAUCAAGUGGCAUACAGUAUACAAUUUAUGACAUAAAAAUAAAUAAAUAAGCUCAUCUAAAUUAGCUAUAUCUCUUGAUUUCAACAGAUUUACUUUUAGGAGGACUAACCCUGUGUCAACUCACAAUGAUUUCAGUGUGAAUGAGCAGGGGAAAUUGUAAUGGAGGGGUUGUGGGGCUUGUGUUUUCUUCCAGGAGCCUGUGAAAACGUCUGCUGUUCCAUUGUCCACGAAAGUGAUUCAGUGGUUGUGAAUGUCGGGUAAGUGGUUUCACACUCUUGGUAUCCGAAACAAUGCGUAAUGCCUCUCAGCUUCCAACCUUUCCUGAGUCCAGAGGAAUGAUGAUGAUGAUGAAGAUGAUAAUUCUUUUUAUGAUGCCCAUCUGACUGGGUUGCCAUGCACCCAAUGAAAAAAAUAGUAAAAAGACAAUACAUCAAACACUAAAAACCUCCCUGGACAGGGCUGCCUUCAGAUGUCUUUUAAAAAUCACAUAGAUGUUUAACUCCUUGAAAUCUGCUGGGGGGGGGGGCAUUCCACAGAGCGGGUGCAGCUACCAAAAAGGCCCUCUGCCUGGUUCCCUGUUACCUCACCUUUCACAAUGAGGGAACCACAAGCAGACCCUCAGAGCUGGGUUGGACGAUGGGGAUGGAAAUGCUCCUUCAGGUAUACAGGUCCAAAGCUGUUUAGGGCUUUAAAGGUUAGCACCAACAUUUUGAAUUGUGCUCGGAAGCCUACUGGGAUCUGUGGUAAGAAUUCACUUCAACACCACCUUGUCGUUACCCAGGUGAGAAACCACCUUUUAAAUCACAGAAAAUUAUUUUCAGGUCCAGCAUCUUGGUUAGACACCUGGUGUUUUUAUCUAUCUAUUGCAAUACGACAGAGCUCAAUUCAAUGUGCCCGUUAAGAAGGUCUGUCCGAGGCACAUCAGCUCAAAAGCUUAUAUCAGUGGUCGGCAACGUGCAGCCCAUGGGCCAGAUGCGGCCCACGAAGACCGUUUUACAGGCCCAUGAGCCACCCUGGAACCGGGCCGCCCGCUGGUCAAGUCCCCCGCGUGCUGCGCUAAACCGACGCAGCGCAGCGCGGGGACUCACGAGCGGUGCUGGAAAUCGCUUCUGCGCAUGCCCAGACACCGAAAACCACUUUUGUGCAGGCACAAUUUUCAGCAUCUGGGCAUGCGCAGACGCGAUUUCUGGCCCCGUGGACGUGCGCAGACGUGAUUUCCAGUGUCGCGCUGUGCCAGUCUGUCCCACGGACGAUCUCCGUGGGAGUAGUUCAGCCCAUGGCCGGUAAGCGUUGCCGACCCCUGGUUUAUAUAGUAACACAGCACACAAAGAGUCAUAAAACUUCCCCUUCACAUGUGUCAAGAAAGGUCACAGUCUUCCUGCUAUCAAUCUCUCCCCCCCCCCCCCAGUACCUUGGGAUGUCCACAAGUGACUAGGUCGUUGGACCAUUCUAGGUAUCGGAUGUCCCAUGUUGCCCUGGCAAGCUAGCCCAUUAUCACUCUUUAUUGACAUUCUUCCAUCUCUCUUUCAGGAAACUUCCAAGGAUUUCUGAUAAACACCACUUUCAGAGUUAGAUAAGGAAAGAUGGAAUGCAAUGUAGGAUGCAGAGACUCAUAACCGCAGAACACACAAAGUCUUGCUCAUUUUUAAAGGUUAAAUGGAAUAAAAAGUGAAACAUUGAACAUUAUUAAAAUAAAAAUACAAGGCAUGACCAGAAAGUUUGGUGAAUGGUCAAAGAAAUCGGACAGCGAGAAAUAUUUGAACAUACAUACCUUGUUGUUGUUUAGUCAUGUCCGACUCUUCGUGACCCCAUGGAUCAGAGCACGGCAGGCACUCCUGUCUUCCACUGCCUCCCGCAGUUUGGUCAAACCCAUGCUGGUAGCUUCGAGAACACUAUCUAACCAUCUCGUCCUCUGUUGUCCCCUUCUCCUUGUGCCCUCCAUCUUUCCCAACAUCAGGGUCUUUUCCAGGGAGUCUUCUCUUCUCAUGAGGCGGCCAAAGUAUUGGAGCCUCAGCUUCACGAUCUGUCCUUCCAGUGAGCACUCAGGGCUGAUUUCCUUAAGAAUGGAUAGGUUUGAUCUUCUUGCAGUCCAUGGGUCUCUCAAGAGUCUCCUCCAGCACCAUAAUUCAAAAGCAUCAAUUCUUCGGCGAUCAGCCUUCUUUAUGGUCCAUCUUUCACUUCCAUACAUCACUACAGUGGCGCCCUGCAAGACAAAUGCCUCGCAAGACGAAAAACUCGCUAGACGAAAGGGUUUUUCGUUUUUUGAGCUGCUUCGCAAGACGAUUUUCCCUAUGGGCUUGCUUCGCAAGACGGAAACGUUUUGCAAGUUUGUUUCCUUUUUCUUAACACCGUUAAUACAGUUGCGACUUGACUUCGAGGAGCAACUCAUAGAACGCGGUGUGGUAGCCUUUUUUGAGGUUCUUAAAGACUUUGGUGAUUUUUGAAGCUUUUCCAAAACUUUCCCGACACCGUGCUUCGCAAGACGAAAAAAAUCGCAAGACGACAAAACUCGCGGAACGAAUUAAUUUCGUCUUGCGAGGCACCACUGUACUGGGAAAACCAUAGCUUUUACUAUACGGACCUUUGUUGGCAAGGUGAUGUCUCUACUUUUUAAGAUGCUGUCUAGGUUUUUCAUUGCUUUUCUCCCAAGAAGCAGGUGUCUCUUAAUUUUGUGGCUGCUGUUGCCAUCUGCAGUGAUCAUGGAGCCCAAGAAAGUAAAAUCUCUCACUGCCUCCAUUUCUUCCCCUUCUAUUUGCCAGGAGGUGAUGGGACCAGUGGCCAUGAUCUUCGUUUUUUUGAUGUUGAGCUUCAGAACAUAUUCUGCGCUCUCCUCUUUCACCCUCAAUAAAAGGUUCUUUAAUUCCUCCUCACUUUCUGCCAUCAAGGUUGUGUCAUCUGCAUAUCUGAGGUUGUUGAUAUUUCUUCCGGCAAUCUUAAUUCCGGCUAGGGAUUCAUCCAUACCUUACAGGCCUUCAAAGUAGGCCCCCUCUGAUACAAUGCACCAUUGACAACAGCUUCUCUCGUCACAGCAGCUUGGACAUGUGAAAUGUUGGAAAAUCCGUGCCCUUUCAGAGCAGAUUUCAGUUUUGGAAAAAGAAAAAAAUCAACUGGGGCUAGAUCGGGAGAAUAUGGAGGGUGGGACAACCCAGUAAUGAUUUCAUGCGGAAUACGCAAUUCUUCCGCCAUCAUUCGAAUGGACAAAUGCCGAUCCCGCAUCAGUAAUUCACAAACUCUGUUGACAUUUGCCGCCAUUCUGCUCAUCGAUGGUCUUCCAGACUGAGGGUCAUCUUCAGUGGUUUGCCGCCCUUCAUGGAAACGCUUAAACCACACAUACAGUGUCUUUUGAGUUACAGCUUCAUCUCCAUACACAAUUAUGAGUAUUUCAUGGGUUUCCAAUGCCAAUUGUAUGCUUGAAUAUUUCUCACUGUCCCAUUUUUGUGACCAUUCACCAAACUUUCCAGUCACACCUUGUAUAUACAACUUGGAUCUCUAAUUUUUAUAUCAGAUCCAAUAUACCAUAUUUUUCGCUCUAUAGGACGCACUGGACCAUAGGACGCAACUUGUUUUAGAGGGGGAGAACAGGAAAAAAAUAAUUCUCCCCCUCUCUGCUCAGCACCCCUUCAGUGAAGCGGCAGGAGAAACGGAGCCCCUUCCAUUUCUCCUCUCACUUUGCUGAAUGGGCGCUGUGCAGAGAGGGAAAACUGUGGAGCGCCUCUCUAGCGAAGCGAAGCCUGGAGAGCAAGAGGGAUCAGUGUGCACUGACCCCUCUCACUCUCCAGGCUUCAGACAGCUAUCCACAAGCCUUCGGAGCGCAGUGGGAACUCCUGCUGCGCUCCAAAGGCUUGCGGAUAGCUGCCUGAAGCCUGAAGCCUCCACAGCGCAGCGGGAACUUCGCUCCAUAAGACGCACACACAUUUCCCCUUAAUUUUUGAAGGGGAAAAGUGCGUCUUAUAGAACAAAAAAUACAGUAUUUAUUUUAAGACUGGUGUCAUAAAGCAGGACCUGAGCAGAAGAGCUUUCUCCCCAGCUGCAAUUUCCAGCAGCUGGUAUUCAGAAGCAUUACUGCCUCUGAUAGUGGUGGCAGCACACCAUCCUUGUGACUAGUACCCAUUGGUAUGAGUGAUUGCUAGGAGUCUUGCUAACUUGAUCAGGAGAGCUGCAGUGGAGCCUGCUAAUGGACAAGGGAAAGCAAGAAGGAAGCCGCUGGAGGGUGGAGAAAGGUGUGUUGUAAUGAAACAGCCUAUUUGUCCAAAGGGAAGAUUUGCAUUUGCUUUCCAUUUUUGUCUCAGGUCCCACCCACAGCUGCAAUGUGGCCCCCACAAGGUUGCACAGAAACGAAUGUGGCCCUAGGGGUGAAAAGGAUUCCCAGCACUAGCAAUACGUAAUGCAGGAAAACAGUCAUUUUCUGUGAAGUGUAUGAUGUUGAGUGUGGGUGAUAUCUUGUUUUCUCUUUAGAUUUCGUUUAGCACCUGAGCAUCCCUAUCCAGUCCCUGUGCUGGACUGUUUAACUUCUACAAUACACUUUCUGAAGAAUGCAAAGGAAUACGGAGUGGACCCCAACUGCAUUGCCAUUGCUGGGGAGAGUAGCGGAGGCACAUAUGCUGCAGCUAUUUGUCAAGAACUGGUGACCAGAGAGGGCCUCCCAAGACUGCGAGCUCAGGUCCUCAUCAACCCAUUCCUACAACCAGGGGACUUUAAUUUGCCAUCCUAUCAGCAAAACCAAUCAGUUCCUCCCUUGUUCAGGAAACGAGUUAUCAAAUUUGGUUUAAGAUAUUUCACUGGGAAGGACAUGAACGUGGACCCAUUUAUAAAAGGCGCCCAUAUCCCUCCUGAUUUGAGGGAGAAAUUCCAAAAAUGGCUAAGUCCUGAUAACAUUCCAGAAGAAUUUAAAGCUAGGGGCUAUGUUCCUGUAGAACCCGCUCCAUUUUCAAAAGAACUUUAUGAACAAGUUAAAAGAGGUACUGAGACAAUGUUUGCUCCCCUUUUAGCGGAGGAUGACAUAAUCCGCCAGCUCCCGGAGACUUUCCUUCUAACUUGUGAGUAUGAUGUUCUCCGGGAUGAUGGGCUGUUGUACAAGAAGCGGUUAUUGGACAACGGUGUGCCAGUGACACAUCAUCAUCUUACAGAUGCAUGCCAUUCAACAAUUUGCUAUUUGGGUUGGGGGCCACUUGAAUUUCCGAGCUCAAAGAAAUGUUUGCAGCAUGUGGUACAGUUCUUGAAAGGUUUAUAUAGAUGAAUGACCUUCUUUGUCUUCCAAUGGCAGCCUUCCCUUUCUGUGGGGGGACAAUCCCCCUUUCCUAGUGUCCCAAUCCUAAAGUAAGAAGAAAAGGUCAGAUCCAAAAUUCUAUCCAGUCAGAUUUAUUAAAAUCACCAUGACAUCUGUAAGUACCUAAGCAAAGCCCUUAGGUACUUAUUAAAAUCACCAUGACAUCUGUAAGUACCUAAGCAAAGCCCUGCUGGAUUGGGCCACUUCAUCCAGCAUCCUGUUCUCACAGUGACAAAAAAGAGGCCUCUUGAGAUGCCUGCAAGCAGUACCUGGGUGCAAGAAAAUUAUUCCUACUUGUGAUUCCUAGAAAGCAGCAUGCAGUGGCUUACAGCCUACAAUUGUGCAAACGUACCUAUAGCCUCCCCCAUGAAUUGGCCUGAUCCUCUUUUAAAGCCAUCCAACUGGGUCACCAAGUUAGCUCAUUCCAUUGACUAACUGUUGCUUCAAAAUAUUUGAAAGAUUUAGCAAUAACAGAGGAGCUCCUGUGCAAUAAACUAGACCGAUCUAAGCCCUUGUGAAUGAUAUGAACUCAUUUAAUUACAGCAACAUUAGACAGGAUUAUAGCGAAACUGAAGGGUGGGAAUAUAUUACCCGUCAAAAUUAGGGCCAUGAUACCUGAAGUAUCUUUCUAUAUGUACCUCUUCCAACCAGAUGUGUACACCUGAAAGCAGACCGGGAUCUACGAAAGAGGGUGAGGGACUGAUGAGAUAUGGUUCUGCUGCACAGCCCCAAGCUAUGUCCCCACAGCUAUUGUCAGCACUAACCAAAGUUUCCAGAACAUUUUGAAGGUCACCUUCAUGUGGAACCCAUUGCAGUAAUCCAAAUGGGAGGUCACUAGUGCUGAUCUUGACAGGAAGAUAAUGCCACAGGCCAGCAUGGGGAGAUGAUGGGGGUAAGGAGGAAAAGGACACAGAAUAAGAGCUCCACUGCAAAGGGAAAUGGUGGCGAGCUCCGUGUUGUCCUAUUAAGGAAGGUACGGUCCAGGCUGUCAGGGCUUUGAGGGUGAGCACCAGGGCUAGGCGCCCCCUGAAAAAUCCCCACGGAAGUGUGGGGACUUCAGGGGUCCAGCGGAGCAUUGGUAACUCACCAUAAUCCGACACCCCGGCUGCUGGCGCUGCGUCAGGGAAGAAAGAGGCUUGAGUCCGCGUCUGCAGCCAAAGCCACAUACCGCCACCGUAAGCAGUGGAUUUUCCAAUUAAGAGGUACCGUAUUUUUCGCUCUAUAAGACGCACCAGACCACAAGACGCACCUAGUUUUUGGAGGAGGAAAACAAGAAAAAAAAUAUUCUGAAUCUCAGAAGCCAGAACAGCAAGAGGGAUUGCUGGGCAGUGAAAGCAGCAACCCCUCUUGCUUUUCUGGCUUCUGGGAUAGCUGCACAGCCUGCAUUCGCUCCAUAAGAUGCACACACAUUUCCCCUUACUUUUUAGGAGGGAAAAAGUGAGUCUUAUAGAGCAAAAAAUACGGUACAAACCAAAUAAAGCUUUUAGAGAAGAAAUUAGGUUUAAAUUGACUGAUUUUGUAAAAAGGAAGUCAAAAAGGAAGUCAGCUUCCGAUUUCUGCAGGCAAGCUCUGCAAGGUGACUUUUUGUGAAUGGGAGCAGAGAGUAAUGGCAGCUAAUGGAGACUUUGUAGUAUUCUGACUUUUGAGGGGCUCUCUUUCUAUUAGACACAUAUUAGUUCCAGUUGUGUCAAGUUGUCCUUUGGAUACUCGUGGGAUACAAUUUGACAGCUGGACAGAGUUUGACAGAUUGAUACUUUGGCAGAGUAGAAAGCAAAAAGACUUGUAUAAAAGAGUUGUGGAAAUACAAGCUUUAAUUUUAAGCCCUGGAACUUGGUGGUACAAAACCGAGGCUAAGCAGCAGAACUCUAUUAUAUUGGGGAAGAAAUUCCCCAAGAAGGAAAGAGAACCUGGAAUAGCUGGAGUUAUAUUCAGUACCUACUGUAGACCAGGGGAAUUUAUGCAAUACUACCUGCCAACAAUUUUGGAUAUUCUUGGACGCAUAUCUCUCAAACCUUAAAAUUGGAAGACUUGGAUUACAAUAUAUUGGAGAACCAUAGAAUCAUAGAAUCAUAGAGUUGGAAGAGACCACAAGGGCCAUCGAGUCCAACCCCCUGCCAAGCAGGAAACACCAUCAGAGCACUCCUGACAUAUGGUUGUCAAGCCUCUGCUUAAAGACCUCCAAAGGAGGAGACUCCACCACACUCCUUGGCAGCAAAUUCCACUGUCGAACAGCUCUUACUGUCAGGAAGUUCUUCCUAAUGUUUAGGUGGAAUCUUCUUUCUUGUAGUUUGGAUCCAUUGCUCCGUGUCCGCUUCUCUGGAGCAGCAGAAAACAACCUUUCUCCCUCCUCUAUGUGACAUCCUUUUAUAUAUUUGAACAUGGCUAUCAUAUCACCCCUUAACCUCCUCUUCUCCACGCUAAACAUGCCCAGCUCCCUUAGCCGUUCCUCAUAAGGCAUCGUUUCCAGGCCUUUGACCAUUUUGGUUGCCCUCCUCUGGACACGUUCCAGUUGGUCAGUGUCCUUCUUGAAUUGUGGUGCCCAGAACUGGACACAGUACUCCAGGUGAGGUCUGACCAGAGCAAAAUACGGUGGCACUAUUACUUCCCUUGAUCUAGAUGCUAUACUCCUAUUGAUGCAGCCCAGAAUUGCAUUGGCUUUUUUAGCUGCCGCAUCACACUGUUGGCUCAUGUCAAGUUUGUGGUCAACCAAGACUCCUAGAUCCUUUUCACAUGUACUGCUCUCAAGCCAGGUGUCACCCAUCUUGUAUUUGUGCCUCUCAAUUUUUUGCCCAAGUGCAAUACUUUACAUUUCUCCCUGUUAAAAUUCAUCUUGUUUGUUUUGGCCCAGUUCUCUAAUCUGUCAAGGUCGUUUUGAAGUGUGAUCCUGUCCUCUGGGGUGUUAGCCACCCCUCCCAGUUUGGUGUCAUCUGCAAAUUUGAUCAGGAUGCCCUUGAGUCCAUCAUCCAAGUCGUUGAUAAAGAUGUUGAAUAAGACCGGGCCCAAGACAGAACCCUGUGGCACCCCACUCGUCACUCUUCUCCAGGAUGAAGAGGAACCAUUGAUGAGCACCCUUUGGGUUCAGUCAGUCAGCCAGUUACAAAUCCACUGAGUGGUAGCAUAGUCAAGACCGCAUUUUACCAGCUUCUUUACAAGAAUAUCAUGGGGCACCUUGUCAAAUGCCUUGCUGAAAUCAAGGUAGGCUACAUCCACUGCGUUCCCUUCAUCUACCAGGCUUGUAAUUCUGUCAAAAAACGAGAUCAGGUUAGUCUGACAUGACUUAUUUUUCAGAAAUCCAUGCUGACUAUAGGUGAUCACAGCAUUCCUUUCUAGGUGCUCACAGACUGUUUGCUUAAUGAUCUGCUCCAGAAUCUUCCCUGGUAUUGAUGUCAGACCGACUGGGCAGUAAUUAUUUGGGUCCUCUCUUUCCCCCUUUUUGAAAAUAGGGACAACAGUUGCCCUCCUCCAGUCUGCCGGGACUUCGCCUGUUCUCCAGGAAUUCUCAAAGAUGACUGCCAGUGGUUCUGAGAUCACAUCUGCCAGUUCUUUUAAUACUCUUGGAUGCAGUUCAUCUGGCCCUGGAGACUUGAAUACAUCUAAACUAGCCAAGUAUUCUUGUACUAUCUCCUUAGUUAUUCUGGGCUGUGUUUCCUUUGCUGAAUCAUUUGCUUCAAAUUCUUCAGGUCGAGCAUUGUUUUCUUUAUCGGAGAAGACUGAGGCAAAGAAGGCAUUGAGGAGUUCAGCCCUUUCUGUGUCCCCUGUUUGCAUUUCACCAUCUUCUCCUCUGAGUGACCCCACUGUUGUUCUUCCUUUUGCUACGAACAUACCCAUAAAAGCCUUUUUUGUUGCUUUUAACCUCUCUAGCAAGCCUGAGUUCAUUCUGUGCUUUAGCUUUUCUGACUUUGUGUCUACACGUGCUGGCUAUUUGUUUGAAUUCCUCUUUGGUGGUUUCCCCCUUUUCCAUUUUUGUACACAUCCUUUUUAAUCUUAACUCAGUUAAAAGUUCUUUAGAUAGCCACCCUGGCUUCUUUAGGCACCUUCCAUGUUUCCGUCUCAUUGGUAUUGCCUGACGUUGUGCUUUUACUAUCUCCCUCUUAACAAACUCCCAGCCAUCAUGAACUCCCUUUCCUUUUAGUAUUACUGUCCAUGUGAUCUCACCCAGCACUUCCCUAAGUUUUAUGAAGUCGGCUUUCUUAAAGUCAAGAAAUUGAGUCCUAGUAUGCUUGGCUGCUCCUUUCCGCUGUAUAGUAAACUUCAGAAGAGCAUGAUCACUCGCGCCUAAUGAUCCUUCCACUUCUACCCCACUAACCAGGUCAUCAACAUUGGUUAGGACCAGAUCUAAAAUGGCUGUUCCUCUUGUUGCUUCUCCCACUUUCUGGACAAUGAAGUUGUCUGCAAGGCCAGUGAGGAAUCUGUUUGACCUUAUGCUCUUGGCUGAGUUUGACAUCCAACAAAUAUCUGGGUAAUUGAAGUCCCCCAUUACUACUAUCUCCCUUCCUUUUGCAUGCUUGGCCAUCUGUUCCAGGAAGGCAUCAUCUAUGUCCUCCGUUUGGCUUGGGGAUCUAUAGUAAACUCCCACAAUGAGGUCACUGUUAUUCUUCUCUCCCUUAAUUUUGACCCAAAUGCUCUCACUUUGGCUUUGAGGUUCUAAAUCUUGGAUCUCUUCACAGGUAUACACAUCCCUGACAUAUAACGCCACUCCCCCUCCUUUCUUGUCUGGUCUGUUUCUCUGAAAUAGAUUGUAUCCCCCCAUUAUUACAUUCCAAUCGUGGGAUCCAAACAAUACAUUUGGAUUUAUAUUUUGGAUUGCAAUUAUAAAUUUGGAUCACCUCUUAUUUGCCACCACCUCUUUGAAAAGGAAAAGAACUACUGAAGAGAAGUACACAAUUCUAUAUUAAUAGUUUCUGUUGGUUUUUGUUUAAUUCUAGGCUUUGAUCUGGGUAAGAAAUGUCCUAUUUGAUAUAGGGUAUGUAAUUUUGAACAUAGAAAGAUUUGGCUGGGGUGCAAGGGGUCUGAGAGCAACAACAGCCAUUUUCUGAUUUUUAUCGGUUUAUUGGACUUUUUUAAAAAUUUCUUUUUAUUAAUUUUCAUUAACCAAACAAAAACAAACAAAAACAAAAAAACAGAACAAAAAAAACCAGACAAACAAAAACAACACUAAAUACUAACAUAAUGAUAAUUGACUUCCCUCCAUCUCGAUUUUGGACUAUAUAACAUAAUAAUUCCUUUCUGCAGUUUUCAUUUUACAACAUCUACACAUCGCAAGAAUUAUGUUAAGCCUACUGUGGUUUUUAGGUCUCUUGAAUCUGCUUCAAUGUAUGUUAUAAAUUUGGUCCAAUCAUUAAUAAACUUUGUACCUUUUUGUUGUCUGAUGUUCUGCGUCAUUUUUGCCAAUUCUAUAUAUUCAAAUAGUUUAAUUUGCCAAUCUUUAAUGGUUGGGAUAUUUGGGGUCUUCCAGUUUUGUGCUAUCAGGAGCCUGGCAGCUACAGUUGCAUAUUGGAACACUGUCUGAUCUUCUUUCUUGAUCUCUUCUCCAAUCAUUCCCAAAAGGAAGACUUCAGGUUUUUUAGCAAAAGUGUAUUUAAGUAUUUUUUUUCAGUUCAUUAUAUAUAAGUUCCCAAAAAAUUUUUAAUCUGGAAAUGUAAGAUCAAGGAGGGAAAUUUCUACCAUAUGUGGUGGAUGUGCGAAGAAAUAUUUUAAAAAAUUGGUUUAUUGGACUUUUUACUCUCUCCCAUCUUUUUGUUGUUUUUUUCAUUGUAUGGCAGGGACUGGUAGGGAGGGGGAAAACAUUUAAAGGGUAAAGGAAAACUAUGGUUUAGCCUGGGAGUGGUAAAAUACUUUCACUUUUGGGCAGAACCAAGAAACGCAGGUGUGACCUUGAACAGAUCAUAAUAUCCCAGGCUCAACUCUUCCAUUCUUGGGCAAGGUGAUUGAGUGAGUGGUUGCUGAACAACUCCAGGCACGCCAUUUGGAUCCCUUCCAGUCGGGAUUCAGGCCUCAUCAUGGGACUGAAACUGCCUUGGUCGCACUGGUCGAUGAUCUCCGGCGGGCUAGGGACAAAGGUGAGAGCUGUUUCCUGGUUCUGCUGGAUCUCUCAGCAGCUUUUGACACCAUCAACCGCCAAGACCAUAUAGCACCAGUCUUGAAAGACCUACACUGGCUCCUAGUACGUUUCUGAGCACAACUCAAAGUGUUGGUGCUGACCUUUAAAGCCCUAAAUGGCCUCGGUCCAGUAUACCUGAAGGAGCGUCUCCACCUCCAUCGUUCUGCCCGGACACUGAGGUCCAGCGCAGAGGGCCUUCUGGCGGUUCCCUCACUGCAAGAAGCCAAGUUACAGGGAACCAGACAGAGGGCCUUCUCGGUAGUGGCACCCGCCCUGUGGAACGCCCUCCCACCAGAUGUCAAAGAUUCAAACCGUUAAAAUUCCAACUUAAUAUUUUAAGAUUGGCCAUCGUCAGAGUCACUUACAAUAUCUGUUUUUCCACCUGAUGCUCCUUCCAGUGAAAGCCACUCCAAAGCAGCUGCUUGUUCUGCUAGUGGGUUGUCCUGUCCAGCGUUUAGGUCUCUUCUGUGUUUUUCAAAAAAUUCUUUGGCCUGGUAUUCUGUUGUCAGCCUAUAUAUCUUUUUCAUAAAUGUAAACAAGAUCCCCUCUGGGUAUUUCCAUUUAUAUUUAAUGUCUACUCUUCUCUACGCUGUCUCUUCCUGUACACGUGCACGUCUCCUAUCAAUAGCAGAUUUCCUUGUGACGGCUCCUGUGUCUUGUUUACCAGCCAUUUCUAGGCCAGAAAGUUUCCCCAUAACUGAAUGCUUUUAUUUUGAACUGUAUAUUGUGAUCGAAAUCUUCCAACCUUUAAGCUUAAAAUAUAUAUGUCCAGAAUGUCCAAAGCCCAAAAUUUAUAAAACCCAAAAUGUAAAUCCAAAUAUAUUGUAAUCCAAAAUUUCCAACCGUUAGGCUUAAAAUACGUACAUCCAGAAUGUCCAAAGAUAUUAAUUUCUUGGCAGGUAGUAUUGCGUAAAUCCCCUGGUCUUCAAUAAGCACUAAAUAUUACCGGUAAUUCCAAAGCUAUUCCAGGUUCUCCUUCCUUCCUGGGGAAUUUCUCCCCUAGUGUGAUGGAGAGUUCUCCUGCUUAGCUUUGGCUUUGUGCCACUAAGUUCCAGGGUUUAAAAUUGGGGCUUGUAUUUCCACAACACUUUUAUCCAAGUCUUUUUACUUUCUACUCUGCCAAAGUAUCAGCCUGUCAAAUUCGGUACAAAUCUGCGCAGAAAUGUCAGCCGGGGGGGGGGGGGGGCGGCUCAGGAGGGCAAGUUCACAUGCUCCGCUGGACCGCUAGGAUCCCCACUCCUCUGUGGGGAGGUUUUUUUUUUGGGGGGGGGCGCCUAGCUGUGCCAAGCUUGACCAGCUGUCGACAGAGAAAACUGAAAACCUGGAUGCUGCCUCUUUUUAUAAAUAAAUGAAAUAAAUGAAAAGUGGAGUUGCUAGGGGCCUAUCCAGUCCCUGUGCUGGACUGUUUAACUGUUGCAUACACUUUCUGAAGAAUGCAAAGGAAUACGGAGUGGACCCCAACUGCAUUGCCAUUGCUGGGGACAGUAGUGGAGGCACAUAUGCUGCAGCUAUUUGUCAAGAACUGGUGACCAGAGAGGGCCUCCCAAGACUGCGAGCUCAGGUCCUCAUCAACCCAUUCCUACAACCAGGGGACUUUGAUUUGCCAUCCUAUCAGCAAAACCAAUCAGUUCCUCUCUUGUUCAGGAAACGAGUUGUUAAAUUUGGUUUGACAUAUAUCACUGGGAAGGAGAUAAAUGUGGACGGAGUGAUAAAAGGCGCUCAUCUCCCUCCUAAUUUGCGGGAGAAAUACCAAAAAUGGAUCAGUGCUGAUAACAUUCCAGAAGAAUUUAAGGCUAGGGGCUAUGUCCUUAAAGCUCCUGCGCCAUUUUCAGAAGAACUUUAUGAACAACAUAAAAGAGGUUUUGAGGCAAUGUUUUCACUCUUUGUUUACUGGUGUAAACAAAGUCUCACCUGGACUUCCCAACCUAUCUUUCCUUGA